AUGGACGCCACCGUGACACUGACACCAGCCCCAGUCACCAGUUGGAGCAACAUGUUGAAGAAGCAGCCGGACCCAAAGCCCCACAACUCCCCGACCACCCAAGUAUUGGUCGGAAGCUGCAAAUCCUCCAAGGGCAUAGCCUACGCCCGCUGCGCCGACAACUUGGUCUCCAUCCCCGAGGUCCGUGACCCUAUUUCCCGCCACCGACUCGCCGCCCUUCCCUUCCAAAUCGACUCCAUGGAGCCCUCCCCUGAGUCCAUCGUUAAAGUUGAGAAGUUUGCUAGGGCAACUGGGGAUAUUGGGUCACUGUCAAAGGUUGAUUGUCGUCUUAUUGCUUUGACUUAUACACUGGAGGCGCAGAAACAUGGAACUGAGCAUCUCAGGGACUGUCCGCCGCCGGUGCUUACUGUCAGUGUCAGGAGAUUGCCGGAGAAGGACUUGUCCGGCUGGGACAAUAAUGUGCCUAAUUUGGAAGAGUGGGAAGCUCUGGAAGACAAACCAGAGGAUAAAAGCAACUCUGGUUCGAGGAUUCUCCCGUUGAAAGAUAUUUAAUUGAAUGUUGUUGAUGAUUCUGAGAAUCAGGAGGGAGGUGAUAGCAUUCAGGCCGAGACACGGGAGAUGUUUCCGAGGAAGAAAGAGAUAACUAUUGAAGGGAAGAUGAUGGCUUCUGAGGGGAUUGAUGCGUCCCAAGGAAAAGUUGAUGAGAAUGCUGAUGAAUGGAUGCCUGCUGUUGGUAGGAGUACACAUAGAAGGUUUUUGAGAAGAAAAGCUAGACGUGAGUCCAAAGAGGCAGCAUCGGCCGAUGAUGAUCAUCAGCAUGGUACUGGGGAAAACACAAGCGAUAUUUAUGCAAGUGUUGAUAUUUUAUUCAUGAACGAUGAUAGUAGUGAGCAGAGCUCGACGGUAAGAUCCUUGUCAGAGCUUAGUGUAGCUUGUAUAACAGGUGAUUUUGCAAUGGAGAAUGUUAUUCUGCAAAUGGGUUUACGGUUGUUGGCACCUGGAGGAAUGCAGAUCCACCAGCUGAAGAGGUGGAUUUUGAAAUGCCAUGGUUGUAAUACUAUGACCGCUGAAACUGGGAGGAUGUUUUGUCCAAAGUGUGGAAGUGGUGCUACCUUGCUUAAGGUAGAAGUUACAGUGAGUGAGAAUGUGAUUGUUUUUGCGGCACGUCCUCGGAUCAACAAGUGUGGCAACAGAGUUUCACUUCCUCUACCACAAGGUGGAAGAAAUGCCAUCACCAAAAACCCUAUUUUACGUGAGGAUCAGCUUCCACAACAGUACCUUUAUCCAGAGACAAUGAGAAAAGCAAAUAAGCUGGGAGAUGACGACCUAUUCAUUUGCAAUGAUUCCAUCUUUGGCCACCGUUCAAAUAAAAAGGCUCCUCUGCAGCCUCCGGUGAGGAAGGUAUUAGCUGCUUUCAGUGGGAGGAGGAAUCCCAACGACAAUCACUAUUCACGCUCCAAGCAUUAG